AUGGAUAAAGUCCCCUGUGAUCCAAGUUUACUGGAAAACUAUAAAAAUGAGAUAAUGAAUUCUGAAAUAGAUACAGAAACAAAGAGGAGAAUCAUUUGCCAAACAAAGAUAUGGACUUCUCUCAACGAAAAUCCUCCAAUAUAAUUAAUAUUGGAGAGUGAUAUAAUUUAGGCAUUACUUCUAUACAGUGAAGACGAAUUAUGUGAUCCUAAGAUGCUAUUUGAUAUCGUUUGGAUAUUUGGAAAUAUUUGUUCCUGUUCCUCUGAUGAAGUAAAAUACAUGCUUACUCUUGGGGUUGAUGAUUUUUUUAUAGAAAAUUUAGAAAACUAAAUUACUUAAAUAGUGGAAUUAGCAAUGUGGGGACUUGGAAAUAUAGCUGGUGAUAACCCUAAGAGUAGAGAUGUUCUUUUGUUUAAAGAAAUUGUACCUAAAUUGGUUAAAAUAUUAAAUUCAGUUGAUUAAAAAAAGAAUUUAAAGGAAUCUUUUUUUCAAACAUUUUGUUGGCUAGUAUCUUAACUUGUAAGAGGUAAACCAAGCGCUUAGCCUCAGCAUAUUUCAGACAUCUUACCCAUUUUUAGGGAAUUGUUGUUCUUAAAUAAAAGAUAUCUCUAUCCUGAUAUUUUAUGGGGAUUGUCAUACGUUACUGAUGAAGAUGAGACUGUUGCAAAUAUAAUUUCUGAUUCUCCAAUUUUUGAUAAAUUAACAGAGUUAAUUGAUUUAUCUUUUGGAUUUACAAUUAAUCACCCUUCGAUAAGGAUAAUAGCCAACUUAGCUUCUUCAAGCGAGAAUAUUACAGAUAAGCUGAUUAAUAGUGGAUUAAUUCAGUAGUUAAUAAUUCAUUUUUUAGAAUAUAAUCCUGAAUAUACUAUUAUAAGGAAAGAAGUUUGCUGGUGUCUUAGUAAUAUUGCUGCAGGAACAUUAUAGUAGGCUAAAAGCUUGAUUGUGAUGGGAGAAAUGACUGAAAAAUUAAAAAGAUUGCUUAGAUACAAAAAAGAUCCUGAAGUAUAAAAAGAAACUAUGUGGAUAAUUACGAAUUUAUCGAAUCAUCAAGACUCUGAUAUUUUUAAGUAUUUGUUAGAUAACGACAUUUUUGCUGUCUUUACUAGCGAAAUAAAUUCAGGAGAUAAAAAAAUGAUAGAAUUAUUUUUAUAGAAUACAACUUAAGUAAUCAAAUUUUUAAACAAGAUAUCUAAAGAUACUUUUAGCGCUCAAGAAUUAGAAAAACUUGUACUACUUCUUCACUAUAUUGAAACAACUAUUUAAAAUAUUAAGCCUAUGAUAGUAACUGGAUAAAUAAGAUAAUAAUGUAAGGAUAUAAAGGAUUCUAUUUAAAAAAUCAAUAAAAAGUUUAAUCUUCCAUAAAAUUUAGAAUAAAAGGUUGCUUAAAAUUGA